AUGGCCGUUAAGUACCUGAUCCUGCUGUCCAAGCAGGGCAAAGUCCGACUCUCCAAAUGGUACAUCGCCGUUAGCCAGAAGGAGAAGCAACGCAUAAUAAGGGAAUUGACCGCCAUCAUCCCGCUGCGCAAGCCAAAGAUGUGCAACGUGCUCGAACACAAGGACUCGAAGCUCGUAUACCGCAGGUACGCCAGCCUGUUUUUCAUCGCGUGCGUCGAAAACGACGACAACGAACUCUUCACGCUCGACCUCAUCCAACGCUACGUCGAGAUCAUGGACAAGGCGUACGGCAGCGUGUGCGAGCUCGACAUCAUCUUCAACUUCCAGGUGGCGUAUCACGUGAUCGACGAGCUCGUGAUCGACGGCGUGAUCCAGGAGAGCAGCGCGUCGGAGGUGCUGAAGCGUGUGAGCCAGCAGGACCAGCAGGAACUGGACGAGUUUAUGGACGCCACCCAAAUUUUUUUAAACAACUGUACCGAAAACACCAUGUUGGCAAGACUAGCAGCUAGAGGUAGGUACUCGCGCGCGCCAUUGACUAACGCCCCAGCUUCCGCAAGACCAAUGGCCACGAUCGGCCACAGAGCCGUCGGCAUCAGAUGCCUGUCGACCCCUGUUGACCCUAAGGCCAAGGCCAACGCUCUGAUUGACUCGCUUCCAGGUAACUCGUUCCUAUCCAAGACGGGUAUUCUGGCCACCACUGCCGCCGCCUCUAUUUACGCCAUUUCGUCCGAGUUGUACGUUGUCAACGACGAGUCGAUCUUGCUCGUGACCUUCAUUGGGUUCAUUGCACUGAUUUCCAAGGCCGUGGCUCCACUGUACGGGGAAAUGGCGAAAAACAGAACCGACCACGUUGUUAGCCUGCUGAACCAAGCCAGAGCGGACCACGUGAACGCGGUCAAGACCAGAAUUGACCAGGUUGCCAACCUGAAGGACGUCGUUUCCACGACCAAGGCCCUUUUCGAGAUGUCCAAGGAGACUGCUGCUCUGGAGGCAGAGGCCUUCGAGCUGAAACAAAAGGUUGCUGUUGCGUCCGAGGCCAAGUCUGUUUUGGACUCGUGGGUCAGAUACGAGGCCCAGGUCAGACAGCACGAGCAGGAACAACUGGCAUCCACUGUUAUUUCCAAGGUGCAAUCCGAGCUGCAGAACGCCAAAUUCCAGGACAAGGUUCUUAACCAGGCUGUUGAGGAGGUGGAGAAGCUUUUUGCUAAGGAGAAAUAG